AUGAUUGUAGAAGUCGAGGCUCGGGCGGCGAGGCCGGUGGCGGCGUGCGCUGUGGCAAAGGGUCGCAGCUACAGAUUCAUGUCGCCGCACGGCCACGGCAGCGACGACGACGAGGCCGCCGUCACCGCCAUAUCCAACGAGGAGUGGUGCUCUUGGCUGCAUGCGGAGCUGCGUGCGUGCCCCGCCUAUGCCACGCACGGCGCGCUGCUAGACGAGUGCUGCGCGAUCGCCGCUCGCUGGCGGACGCGCUUCUGGGGCCGCAAGGCGCUGUGGAACCGGAUGCGGCGUGGCAGCCGGUUGGCAAAGGAACUCGCUGAGGCGGCGCCGGUGCUGGAGCGUGCGAGGCUCGAGGCGCAGUCGGUGAAGUUGGAGGGAGGUGCGCGGGUCGUCGUGAUCGACCUUUGCUCUGGGUUUGGGUACAUGGCCAUGUUCCUCUCCGAGCUGCUGCCGCCGGACAAGGUUGAGCGGAUCGUCCUCGUCGACAAGGCGUGGGCGAGGCACGGCGUCGAGCGGCGGCCGCACCACAUCGACCCGGCGCACAUCUCCGACCCCGGGUGGCCGAUCCGGCUCUCGACGUCGCACGCCGACCUCAAGACGCCCAGCGACCGGCGCAGCCUCCUGCGCGCCUUUUUGUCGCGCGGGUGUCCGGCGAUGCUACUCGGCGUGCACCUGUGCGGCACUCUCUCGCUGCGGGCGGUCGACCUCUUCAACGACAGCCCCUCCUUCUUCUUCCUCGGCCUCAAGCCCUGCUGCCUCCCGCCCGCCUUCUUCGCGCAGCGCGGCGACGUGUUCGGCUCCGCCAACGGGCACUGCUUCGCCGCAAAGGCGGUCGCGGUCGCCGGCAAGUGGCAGCGCGGCAAGUGGGUGGGAGGCGCGUCCAGGCAGGAGCUGCAGCGCAAGUUCGCCGUCUGGGUCGACAACCUGAGCCGCUGCGUCGAGUGCGACGUCGAGGGCGGCGGCGGCGAGGGCGGCGAGGAGGCUGGCGGGGCGGGGCGCGGUGUGGUUGCGGUGGAGCAACACCGCGUGCAGUCGCUCUGGCGGCUGUCCUCCUGCCGCGAGACCUCGCGAGACCUCGGGACGCACCACCGCCGCCGCUGCGAGCGUAGGUUUCUCAACGACUUCAUCUUUUGCAGCCGGCCUUGGGCGGCGCUGGCCCCCCGCAGCGCCACCUCAGCCGCACACGCCGCGGGCCCGGAGGCAAGCGGCACCUUGGCUGCCGUCCCCGCGCCCAACCGCUCAAACGGCGCGGGGGUGCACGACGGGACGUUGGUGGAGCUUGGGCGCUGA